AUGAGCCGCGAUGCCCAGGUGUCUGGCACAGCGGGUGGCUCCGUGCCCACCUCCGACCUCGUGAUGCCCUCGCAAGAAUCCCAACCCCCCGAUGCGCCGCGAAUGCGUUACCGCAGCCGCCCAGUCUCCGUUGCCGUCGACCCCAUAUCUCUCGUCAUCUCCGAAUGCAUCUCGAUCACGUCGGCCAUCCAGAAACAUGCCCGAUCCCCGCACUCGUCCGUUUCGGCCAUCCUCGGCGGCAGUCCCAAUCCUAUACACCUUGGGCCGCCGAGCCCUGCCCUCAAAGGCCGGAGCAGAAGCCCGCUCGCCCCUACAACGCUCCCCACCGACGGCAGCACGGAUGCUAUCGCCAACAGUCGCUGGGGCCUCCGAGGCCAACGGGGCAAGAGUAUGCAGGACAAUCCCAUGAUUGCUGGAUUUGGCAAGUUGAGGCAUGAGAUCGCCGCCGUCAAGGAUAUCGGCACAUUUGACGCCCCGACACUGCUGGCGCCCUUCCUCCUCGUCAUCCAAGCCAAGGGAACAGCGGCGCCCGUUACGAUCCUCGCUCUCGGCGCGUUGAGGAAGUUUCUUGCCUACGGUUUUGUCUGCUCCGAGUCGCCUCGAUUUGCCUUGGCGAUGCAGUCACUGUCCGCUGCUGUAACGCACUGUCAGUUCGACGUGAGCGAUUCAGCGCAAGGAGAGGUGGUGCUGCUCAUGAUCCUCAACCUCAUGGAGGACAUGAUGUCAGGACCCGGAGGCGAAUUCUUGAGCGACGAGAGUGUAUGCGACAUGAUGGGCCGUGGCUUGGCCAUCUGCUCCCAACCGCGGUUCUCCCCUGUCCUUCGGAGGACUGCAGAGGCGUCAAUGGUGAGGAUGUGCCAGAUCAUCUUUGAAGAUAUCAAGCAUUUGGAAGCAGAGGCGGGGACCGGAAGUGACGACCUGGACCACCGAACACAGGACGACCUUGGGCGUAUCAGGAUGGAUGAACCGAGUGCGACGAGCCCUGCAGAGGAGCCCUCUGGCGACGAGACUCCAGCCCUGCCCGCCAGUCGUCAGGCCUCUCCUGGUCCUGAUAAUGCCAAUGGCUCCUCCGAUCAGCCCUCCGCAGAUUCAUCGACGGAAGAUGGCAGCGAUGGAUCAGAAUCGGUGGACCUCAAGCCCUACUCUCUACCAUCCGUUCGGGAGCUUUUUCGCGUCCUCGUCAAUUUUCUGGACCCCAACGACCGCCAACACACAGACACGAUGAGGGUCAUGGCCAUGCGUAUCCUUCAUGUGGCCCUCGAAGUAUCCGGGCCGUUCAUAGCCCGCCACCCGGCGCUCGCGACAAUCGCCGAAGAUCGACUGUGCUGCUUCCUCUUCCAGCUCGUCAGGUCCGAUAACAUGGCUGUCCUACAAGAGUCCCUUAUUGUCGCUGGCACGCUACUGGCAACUUGCAGGGGGGUGCUCAAGCUGCAGCAAGAGCUCUUCCUGUCCUACUUGGUCGCAUGCCUCCACCCAACCGUGCCCAUACCUCGGGAGCCGGGAAUUGAUCCUUCGUUGUACUCCGGCAUACCAGAGACGCCAAAGCUGGUCAAGCCCCCUGCCUCACAGCAAGGAAGCGGUCGUUCCACGCCAGUCCCCGUUAAGGAUAGGCAGAAGCUGGGCCUGGAAGGCGGCGCUCGCAAGCCCGACGCUCGCCAAGCCAUGGUCGAGAGUGUCGGGGUCUUGUCGCGUAUGCCGACGUUUGUGACAGAGCUUUUUGUCAAUUAUGACUGCGAUGAAGACCGAGCCGAUAUGUGCGAAGAUCUAAUCGGACUCCUUUCACGCAACGCGUUACCAGACUCGGCAACCUGGAGCACCACAAGCGUUCCACCACUAUGUCUCGAUGCACUCUUGCGAUACAUUCAAUUCCUAGCUGAGCGGCUGGACGAGGAACCCGUAUAUGAUGGCUAUCCGGAACCCGGUCUGCUGAAGGAACAGCGACGGCGAAAGAGGAUCAUUGUCAAGGGCACGAGCAAGUUCAACGAGAAACCAAAGGUUGGUUUGGGCUACCUGGAAGCGCAAGGUAUCCUUGCAGAUGCCAAAGAUCCUGUUGAGGUGGCCAGACUCCUGAAGGGUACAUCGCGGGUUUCCAAGUCCGUCCUCGGCGAUUUUCUUUCCAAGAAAGGGAACGAGGCCAUCCUAAAUGCGUUCAUGGACGAGUUCGACUUUUCAAACAAACGCGUCGACGAAGCUCUGAGGGUCUUGCUGGAGACUUUCCGGCUGCCAGGAGAGGCCCCGCUCAUCGCAUCAAUAGUGGAAUCCUUCUCUGAGAAGUAUUGCUCCGGAAAUACACCUGAGAUGGUGGCCAACAAGGAUGGCGUCUUCAUUCUCACUUACGCGAUUAUCAUCCUGAACACCGACCAGCAUAACCCAAACCUCAAGUCCUCGAAACGAAUGACCUUCGACGAUUUUUCGAGAAACCUUCGCGGACAGAAUGAUGGCCAGGAUUUCUCAGUCGAGUUCCUACGAAAUAUUUUUGACUCAAUCAAGUCAAACGAAAUCAUCCUCCCCGACGAGCACGACAACAAGCACGCCUUCGACUAUGCCUGGAGAGAACUGUUGCUGAAGACUGAGUCUGCAGGGGACCUCAUUGUGUGCAACACCAACAUUUACGAUGCCGACAUGUUCGCCGCGACCUGGCGGCCCAUUGUCUCCACGUUGUCUUACGUCUUCAUGUCCGCAUCAGACGAUGCCGUUUUCGCCCGAAUUGUCACUGGCUUCGACGAGUGCGCCAGAAUCGCGGCAAAAUACGAGAAUUCGGAGGCUCUUGAUCAGAUUGUCUACUCCUUGAGCCACAUGAGCACCCUGGCUGCCGAGCUACCAUCGAACACGUCGCUCAACACCGAGGUACAGGUCGGUGAUAACAGCGUCAUGGUCAGCGAAUUGGCAGUCAAGCUAGGGAGGGACUUUCGAGCGCAGCUGGCAACCCUGGUCCUGUUCCGGGUUGUUACUGGCAACGAGCCAUUGAUCCGACGGAGUUGGAAAUACAUCAUACAAUUGUGGCGCAACUUGUUCGUGAAUUCUCUUGUUCCGCCAUUUCCCGCACUCGACGUCUCAACAAUGCCGAUCUCGCCUAUUCCGUUGCAAACGCCAUCUCAGGUUAUAGACAGAGCUUCUCGCGCGGCCGAUACCGGGUUUUUCAGCGCCUUCACGUCUUACAUCUCCAGCUACGCGGCAGAUGACCCCCCUGAGCCAUCGGAGGAGGAGCUGGAAAGCACGCUCUGCACUGUUGACUGUGUGAAAUCAUGUAACAUGGAUACAGUCUUCAGCAACAUCGCGAACAUGCCCGCCUCUCUGGCAGCAGAGCUUGUGCAGUCGAUGCUGGAUCAAAUCCCUGAGGACGACCAUGCAGGUGUCAUCAGUGUCAAGCACGAUGCACCAACGACAUCCCCUACUAAUGGACAGGCUCCUGUAACGUCAUUACCCAGAUAUGAUCCGGGCACACCGUAUAUCCUUGAGUUCUCUACGAUCCUCGCUACCCGCGACGCUGCGUCAAUUGAGCGCAUGGGCAAGGUGGUUUUUGAUACAGUCCAGCAAGUACUUCGCGAGCCGGGCCGGUGGCACCCGAUAACACUAUCCCGUGCAUCAUUCUACGCUCUUUACAUUCUGAAAAUAGGCUAUGACCACGACUUUGCGAAUGUGCCGUUCUUGUUGCAUACCAUCUCAAGCCUGCCGCAAGACGUCGUUGUCAAGACGUCGGACACCAUACUCAAGGGGCUGGCCACCUGUACUGAGGAGCCAGGUCCCUUGAGAAGUGAGAUGAUGACCUCGCCUGACUUCUGGGCAAUCCUGAGGAUCCUGGCAGCAAAUGAAGGGUCCGCCGCACUGGUGUUCGACAUCCUUGAGAAGAGCAGUGUGGGCAGUCCUCCGGCGAUCAUGGCAGACAAUUACGAAGCAGCAGUGGCUCUCCUGGACUACUUUGCCUCCUCUGCCGCCACGCAGUCCAUUCCCCCAAAGGCGGCGGAUACGGUCCAGCAUCGCAGGGGGGAAAAGCAAGGGAAACACGCCGCACCGCAGAAUCAAACAAUCGCGCGCGCAUGCAGAGCGGUCAACUUGCUGCACGGCAUGACUGCCCGUGUGCCUCAGCUCAUGCAGCAAUCGCACCUCGAAAGCACUUGGUCCGCAUACUGGCUCCCCAUCUUCGAGGCUCUCAUGACACAGUGUACCAACCCGCGCCGUGAGGUGCGACAGCUGGCGUUUUCGGCAAUGCAGCGUUCGCUCCUCUCACCGGAGCUGACAUAUACGGAUGCAAAGGAAUGGACCGCCAUAUUCAGCAAAGUGCUAUUUCCGCUAAUCCUCCGGCUCCUGAAACCUGAGGUGUUCACUGUGGACCGAGACGGGAUGAGCGAGAUGAGGGUGCAGUCUGCUUCGCUCUUGUGCAAAGUAUUCCUCCAAUAUCUGGUGCUGUUGUCUGAAUGGGACGGCAUGCUGGACCUUUGGGUCCAGAUCAUCGAUGUCAUGGAUCGCCUCAUGAACAGCGGGCAGGGUGAUAGCCUGGAGGAGGCAGUGCGGGAGAACCUCAAAAACGUGGUUCUUUUCAUGUCAAGCAGUGGGCUCCUCGUCUCCCCAGCGGAGAACCCGGCCAAACAGGAGCUGUGGGACGAGACCUGGAAGCGCGUGGAUAGAUUCCUCCCCGACUUGCGAAACGACCUGGCCGCUGAGGGUGCUGAUGAGAGGGAAGCAACCGGAGGUGACCAGGAGAAGAAGACGGAUAUCACGGGGGUGGAUUUCAAGGCCCCAAGCAAGGGAACCGAACCAGCUCGAAAGGGGGAGGGGGAGGGGCAGGACCAUGAAGGACAGGACCAACUAAGCCAGGACUGA